AUGAUCUGACCGUGUGUUCGGUGUGUGGAACCCUCCGUCACCCUCUCCUGACCGAAGACUCGUUUAGGAAUGUGUGGCAGAUUGCCUCACCUGUGGUAUCAGACAUCAUAACAUGGGGCUCACCAAGCAGUACCUACGCUAUGUUGCUAGUGCGGUCUUUGGUGUUAUCGGCAGCCAAAAAGGUAAUAUUGUCUUUGUGACACUUCGUGGUGAGAAAGGACGUUAUGUGGCAGUACCAGCUUGUGAACACGUUUUCAUCUGGGACUUAAGGAAAGGAGAGAAGAUUCUUAUCCUUCAGGGGCUUAAACAAGAAGUUACUUGCUUAUGCCCCUCCCCAGAUGGGCUACACUUAGCUGUUGGGUAUGAGGAUGGGUCGAUCCGAAUCUUCAGUCUCCUGAGUGGGGAAGGAAAUGUGACCUUCAAUGGUCACAAAGCAGCUAUCACUACUUUGAAGUAUGAUCAGCUAGGAGGCAGACUGGCAUCUGGGUCCAAGGACACAGAUAUUAUUGUAUGGGAUGUGAUCAAUGAAAGUGGUCUGUACCGUCUAAAGGGGCACAAGGAUGCCAUCACACAAGCAUUGUUUCUACGAGAAAAGAACCUGCUAGUUACUAGUGGGAAAGAUACCAUGGUGAAAUGGUGGGACCUUGAUACUCAGCACUGCUUUAAAACAAUGGUUGGCCACCGGACUGAGGUAUGGGGGUUGGUUCUGGUGUCAGAAGAAAAGCGACUCAUCACUGGGGCCUCAGACAGUGAACUGAGGGUAUGGGACAUAGCUUACCUGCAAGAGAUUGAAGACCCGGAAGAACCAGACCCCAAGAAAAUCAAAGGAUCUUCUCCUGGAAUACAAGAUACUCUUGAGGCAGAGGAUGGUGCCUUUGAGACGGAUGAAGCCCCCAAGGAUCGAAUCCUUUCAUGCAGAAAAGGUGGUUCCAUAAUGCGGGAAGGAAGAGACAGAGUUGUAAACCUUGCAGUCGACAAGACAGGCAGGAUUCUUGCUUGCCAUGGAACUGAUUCUGUGCUAGAAUUGUUUUGUAUCCUUUCCAAAGAGGAAAUUCAGAAGAAAAUGGAUAAGAAGAUGAAGAAAGCUAGAAAGAAAGCAAAAUUACAUUCUUGCAAAGGAGAGGAGGAAGAUCCUGAAGUUAAUGUUGAAAUGAGUCUGCAAGAUGAAAUCCAGCGGGUGACUAAUAUCAAAACUUCUGCCAAAAUCAAAUCCUUUGACUUGAUUCAUUCACCUCAAGGAGAAUUAAAGGCUGUCUUCCUGCUGCAGAACAACCUGGUGGAAUUGUAUUCACUGAAUCCAUCCUUGCCUACUUCUCAGCCUGUCAGGACAAGCAGAAUCACCAUUGGGGGACAUCGCAGUGAUGUGCGGACUUUGUCAUUCAGCUCAGACAAUAUUGCUGUUCUUUCAGCUGCAGCUGAUUCCGUUAAAAUAUGGAACAGGUCUACACUGCAGUGUAUUCGCACAAUGACCUGUGAAUAUGCACUUUGCUCAUUCUUUGUACCUGGUGAUAGACAGGUGAUCAUAGGAACAAAGACAGGGAAGCUGCAGCUUUAUGACUUGGCUUCAGGGAAUCUGCUGGAGACAAUAGACGCACAUGAUGGAGCUUUAUGGUCCAUGUCCCUCUCUCCAGAUCAGCGUGGCUUUGUGACAGGUGGUGCAGAUAAAUCUGUCAAAUUCUGGGAUUUUGAGUUAGUGAAAGAUGAAAAUAGUACCCAAAAGAGACUUUCUGUGAAGCAAACCCGAACGUUGCAACUGGAUGAAGAUGUUCUGUGUGUCAGUUACUCUCCCAAUCAAAAGCUAUUGGCUGUGUCUUUGCUGGACUGUACUGUGAAAAUUUUCUAUGUUGAUACUUUAAAGUUUUUUCUGUCACUGUAUGGACACAAACUGCCUGUUAUAUGCAUGGACAUCUCUUAUGAUGGAGCACUCAUAGCAACUGGCUCCGCUGAUAGGAAUGUGAAAAUCUGGGGUUUGGACUUUGGGGACUGCCACAAGUCUCUCUUUGCACAUGAUGACAGUGUGAUGUACCUACAGUUUGUACCCAAGUCUCACCUCUUCUUCACUGCCGGAAAAGAUCAUAAGAUUAAACAGUGGGAUGCAGACAAAUUUGAACACAUACAGACUCUGGAGGGGCAUCACCAAGAAAUAUGGUGUUUGGCUGUAAGCCCCAGUGGAGACUAUGUUGUAUCAUCGUCCCAUGACAAAUCUCUGAGACUUUGGGAGAGAACAAGGGAGCCUCUUAUUCUUGAGGAAGAAAGGGAGAUGGAAAGAGAAGCAGAAUAUGAGGAGAGUGUGGCCAAAGAAGACCAACCAGCAGUUCCAGGAGAGACUCAAGGCGACAGUUACUUUACUGGAAAGAAAACUAUUGAAACAGUGAAAGCAGCUGAGAGGAUUAUGGAGGCUAUUGAGUUGUACCGAGAAGAAACUGCAAAAAUGAAGGAACACAAAGCCAUUUGUAAAGCUGCAGGGAAAGAGGUUCCACUUCCCAGCAACCCCAUCCUAAUGGCUUAUGGCAGUAUCUCACCUUCAGCUUAUGUAUUAGAGAUUUUUAAAGGGAUCAAGUCAAGUGAGCUGGAAGAAUCUCUACUUGUGCUGCCUUUCUCUUAUGUCCCAGACAUUCUUAAACUCUUUAACGAAUUCAUUCAGCUGGGUUCUGAUGUUGAACUUAUAUGCCGGUGCCUCUUCUUCCUCCUCAGGAUUCACUUUGGACAGAUCACUAGCAAUCAAAUGCUUGUGCCAGUGAUAGAAAAAUUAAGGGAAACAACUAUUUCAAAAGUCAGCCAAGUCCGGGAUGUUAUCGGCUUCAAUAUGGCUGGUCUUGAUUAUCUCAAGAGGGAAUGCGAGGCAAAAAGUGAAGUUAUGUUUUUUGCUGAUGCUACUAGCCACUUGGAAGAGAAGAAGAGGAAGAGGAAAAAGAGGGAGAAGUUGAUUCUAACAUUGACUUAGAACUGAAAUGUGGUAUUUUUUUUUUUUAACUUUUUCCUUAAAAGGACUCCUAAACUAAGCACAGAAGAGUUGGCGUCAUCUUAAAAAUACCAAAUAACAGAAGAUCACAUUGCAGAUGAUAUCAGGAUGUGGUUUUCAGCUUUGCCUGGGGGAAUUCCAACAUGAGAUUAUGGGCUGGCUCCAUUUCUUGGACUUAAAAUUCAUGAUUAGUUUAAAAAUCUUUCUGUGCUCUCAAAGCUUGAGCCUUGCAGCUCAAGCUUGUUGUUCCCUUUGUAUUCUAGCAGGGAAUAAAUAAUUGUUUUAAUUAGGUAUUUGUUUCAUUGGAGUUGAAAUUAACAUUUCAAAAGUUUUUCAUAUUUUUUUAUGGCAGAUGAUUUAUCAUUUAUUUAUAUUAGGUUUUACUGCCUAUUGAGACAACCAGGUGCAUAAUUGAUUGCCCUCUGGCCAUAAAAAUGCAGUAUCAUGGACCCUCCGAGCUAAAAAGGACUGUAAAAAUUACCCAGAACAGCCUCCUCAGACUUAACCUUCUGCAAGUUAUGUCUGUGUAUAAGAAGAUUCUAAUUGCUGUUUAUACUUUUCUGAAUAAAAUAGUUGUUUCUAAUUAAA